AUGAUGUUACACAAAAUUGGCUGCCUUGAUAAUCUGUUCCAGCAAUGCCACAACGAUAUUGCCCUGGUCCUGCGACAGUUUUACAACAAUAGACUACAGAAGGUUAACCUGCGGAAUUUCACCAAUGGCCAGACCAACCUGGACAGACUCAGAGACGGUCUCGUCGGUGCCCAGUUCUGGUCCGCCUACGUCCCAUGCCCAACCCAGGACCGAGAUGCCCUGCUCCUCACUCUGGAGCAGAUCGACCUCAUUCAUCGCAUGUGUGCCUCCUACUCUGAGCUGGAGCUUGUGACCUCAGUUAAGGCUCUGAACAGUACCCAGAAGUUGGCAUGUCUCAUUGGUGUGGAGGGCGGCCACUCGCUGGACAGCAGCCUCUCCAUCUUGCGGACCUUCUAUAUGUUGGGUGUGCGCUACCUGACACUCACCCACACCUGCAACACGCCGUGGGCAGAGAGCUCAACUAAGGGUAUCCACACCUUCUACAGCAAUGUCAGUGGGCUGACCAGCUUUGGUGAGAAGGUUGUGGCAGAAAUGAACCGCCUGGGCAUGAUGGUAGACCUGUCCCAUGUGUCAGACACGGUGGCACGACGGGCCUUGGAAGUGUCACAGGCACCUGUGAUCUUCUCCCACUCAGCUGCCCGGGCAGUGUGUGAGAAUUCCCGGAAUGUUCCUGAUGAGAUCCUGCAGCUUCUGAAGAAGAAUGGUGGUAUCGUGAUGGUGUCCUUGUCCAUGGGGGUGCUACAGUGCAACCCGUUAGCCAACGUGUCCACCGUGGCAGAUCACUUUGACCACAUCCGGGCAGUCAUUGGAUCUAAAUUCAUUGGGAUUGGUGGAGAUUAUGAUGGAGCUGGCAAUUUCCCACAGGGGCUGGAAGACGUGUCCACAUACCCGGUUCUAAUAGCGGAGUUGCUGAGGCGCGGCUGGAGUGAGGAAGAGCUUCAAGGUGUCCUCCGAGGAAACCUGCUGCGAGUCUUUGGACAGGUGGAACAGGUCCGGGCGGAAAAAAGUGGGCAAAGCCCAUUGGAGGACGAAUUCCCUUGGACAAAUGAACAACCGGGAAACCCUUGUCGCUCCAUCCUCCAUCCAUCUCAGAGUCCCAUUCUGGACCAGAAUCUAACCAAGACACCCAGGUUGUCACCUAAGUGGUCAUUCUCAAAAUCCUCCUCUCGCCUUGCCCCAGGCCUCACAGUGAUGGCCACCUUGCCAAUCUUUAUUGUGUGGCUCCAGUGAUCCAGUUACCUUGCCACAGUCACUGUGGCAGCUCUGCAUACCACCCAAA